CAGCCCACGCACCACACGUAGCUACAUCACCACGAGUAAUAACAAGCUCUAAGCCCUGGGACUCGGCUGGGAAAAAAGGUCUAUAUAAUAGACACCCUAUCUCACCUUCAGUCUAUAUCAUGGUCACCAGAAACAUCACUUCACAGUUGGAAAGCGAACAAAGAAAAACGAACAAAUCACCAAGAAAAUGGCACACGCACUCAUCCUCGGCGCCUCGGGCAUCUCAGGCUGGUCCCUCCUCAACCAGGCCCGGACCUACCCCACGCCCACGACAUUCGCCCGCAUCACCGGCACCACGAACCGCCCUCUGACCCUCGAGCAGGCACGGCUGCCUGCGGAUGACCCCCGACUGGCCCUCGUGUCCGGGAUCGACUUCACGAAGACUGUGGACGAGGUCGCGGGGGCACUGAGGGACAAGAUCCCUGAUGUGGAGACUGUGUCUCACGUCUUUUACACGGCAUACGUCAAUGCGGACGAAUCCAAGGGACAAGCGGCCGCUAACAUCGACCUCCUGUCCGUCGCGAUCAGGGCUAUCGAAAAGGUCUCGCCGCGCCUCGCGUUCGUCGUCCUGCAGACGGGCGGGAAGGGGUACGGCCUCAUGUACCCGGACAAAGUCACGCUCCGCACCCCGCUCCGCGAAGACAGCCCGCGGAUCCCGCGGCCGUGGGCCGACGAGGUGUUUUACUACGCGCAGCACGACCUGCUGCAGGACCUGUCGCGGGGGAAGAACUGGACGUUUUCCGAGAUCCGGCCGGAUGUGAUUGUCGGGUUCGCGCCGACGUCGAACGCGAUGAAUAUGGCGAGGGGUAUUGGGAUCUAUCUGUCUGUUUGGCGGCAUGUUUUUGGUGGUGGGGCCGGGAGCGGGGGUCCUAGAGGCCGAGUGGAGGUGCCGUUCCCGGGGUCGUUGCGGAGUUACCGCGCCACGCACACGGAUACCAACCAGGACGUGCUCUCCAAGAUGGAGAUUUUCGCGGCGGUGGUGAAUCCCGAGGGAUGCGGCGGGGGAAGAGCGUUUAACGUCGCGGAUGGCGGGGCGGUGACUUCGUGGUCGGGGGUGUGGCCUCGGUUGUGCGAGCGCUUUGGUCUCGUCGGGGUGGCGCCUCCUCCGUCGCCCGACGCCGGCACGGGUACCGCGUCCGGAUCUAGUACCCCGCCGCCGUCGAUGAAGGACUUCAUCGCGAAGCACGACGACGCGUGGGUCGCGCUGGCGCGGGAGCACGGGCUGGAUGAGGGCGCUGCAAGAGAGUACAAUUGGGAUUUCCUGCAUGUGAUGCUGGUGGAGUGCAACUUUGAUCGCGAGUACGAUCUCACGCGGGCGCGCGAGGUCGGGUUCGAGGAGGGGAUCGAUACGGUGGAGGGGUAUUUUGCUGCGUGGGAGCGGAUGAGGAGUGCGAAGCAGUUGCCGACAGUUUGAAGAGUAUGCUACAUGAAGAGGUGGACGUGGAGUGCGUGGUCGUGUUGAGUCGACGGGCUGUUUGGAGGGAGACAGGGGGGGGAUUUGAUGGGAGAUACCGGAUUGCAAGCGGCACCACCAAGUAUCUUGGAUAGGUACUUAGGUAGAAAAUAGUUGAAGCUCGUUAUGUUCUUUUAUGCGAG